AAAACAACAACCCUGCCGCGCUGCUUGUGUUGCCGCUUGGUUUUCUAUCAGAUGUAAUGUGGCCGGGCUGUCGUGCCGUCGCGCGGUCGUGCUCCGCGUGUUCGCUAUAAAAUCGAUGUUUAUUUUGUCGCGAUUUCGAUUAUUGUUUACGCGAUCGGUCGACUCCUUCGGCUUCCCGGGGGAGAGUGUGUUGUGUUUGUGUCGGUGACGAUACUGCUGACUAGUGAUUUCGAUAGCCGUGGGUGCGCGCGUGAUAAACUACGUGUUGAGGCGAAUACGAGUGUUGGUGUUACAGCAUCAACAUGCUGUGCACGGUGACAUAGUGACCACGAGGUUCUCCCUGACCUUUGACAAUGUCUGGUCGCUCGGAUUGCCGGAAGUUCGCUCCCAACAUCUUCAACAAGAGCAAGUGCACCAACUGCUUCAGGCAGAAGGAGGAGCACAGCGCCGAGGCGUUGGAAUCUAAUCGGGCCAGCAGGAAAAUAUCAAAAUGCGGCUAUCUGUUCGUGGCGCCGGGAUGGGACUUCUCAAAUCCGCUCUACAGAACAAAGCGAUGGCAGCGGCGGUGGUUCGUGCUGUACGACGACGGCGAGCUCACAUACUCGCUCGACGAACACCCGGACACAGUCCCUCAGGCCAGCGUGGACAUGACGACGGUGGUGGAGGUGAGCGACGCGGACGGCGUCACCGGCCACCCCUACAGCCUGGCCAUCACCGCACCAGAGCGGGUCACCUUCGUCAAGGGCACCUGCAGGGAGGAGGCGCGCUGGUGGGCUGACGUGCUGAGUGUCUACCCGAGGAGCAAGGGAAGACACAAACGCAACGCAACGUUUCCCGGGGGGCAAACGGGGAGUCUGCUGCAGUCAACGACAACGAGAAAAUACUCCGCAGACGCGUCGACGCUGCGCGACGCGGCGGAGAGGCCCCGGUUCUGCGGCGGGGGCACCACAACGUGGCCGGGGCCCCGCGUGCAGCCCCCGCAGCCCGAGAUACCCAGCCUCGCGGCCCCCACGAACAUCGAUACCAAAGUGUACACCGACCAGCCAGUGUCGUCAGCGUCGCCGCCGACCCGCGACAAGAUCAACGGCGAGGAGAAGGCGCGCUCCCGCCGCCGCGAUACCUGGCCGGAACACCCCAAUGGCAACAACGACGAAGGUAGCGGCCGAACACCGCUGAUGCAGCAGGAGAACCAGCUGUACGACGAGCAGCUGCGCGACAUCGCGGCGUCGCUGACGCGGCCGCGCACGCGCCGCGCGCUGCCGCCCGCGCUCGAGCGGCCCACCCGCCUGCCGCCGCCCGACAGACUCUCGGCACGAGGGUCACCGGAUGGCGGAGUACCGAACGAAGAAGUCAUCACCAGCUCCGCGAGUGAGGGCAGCGAAACGACCGACGCCGUGGAGGCAGCGGAGACGACCGAAAGUGGCCGAGUGGAGUUGCCCGCCGAACGACUGCUCCAUGCCCGAGCCGGGUGGCUCCAGAGAAGAGGCCCCGGGGGCUGGUCCAAGCACUGGUUCGUCCUUCGAGGAGCGGCGCUGCUGUACUUCCGAGACCCUCAAGCCGAACACCGGGGCCUCAUGGACGGCGUUAUCGACCUGAGCGGAAUAUCGCGAGUCGUGGAACUGCCCACCUCGCCGUCCACGAAUGGAUACGCUUUUGAGACAGAGACCUGGGACGGCAAGCAUAUCGUGUUGUCGGCGGUGACGGCUGGCAUCAGGGCCAACUGGGUGUCGGCGAUGCGGCGGACGGCCGGCCUACCCGACACCGGCCCGCUGUCCCUCGUCCUGCGCGAGGACAACGUCGACCGGGCCUCGGAGUCCUCCACUUCACCGGUGACCCCCAUCACGCCCGGUAACGUCCGGUCGGGACCUUUCUCCUCCGACGAGGAGUAUAAAACGGCCUCCGAGGGCGGAAGAAGAGAUAGCGCCGAUUGGGGCGAUCUAUCGAGCCAGCUCCCGCAGUCCCCGAUCCCGAGUCGCACGCCGAUAUCCAAGGUCAAGGAAAAGGUGCGCGCGCGAGCCUGCCAGCAGACGACCGUCACGAUCGACCCGAACGUAGAGAAGGACGAAAUCGACGCAGCCAAAGAAAACAAAAAACCCCAGGAUAUCAUUGAGGAAAACGAGAAGCCGAGCGAACCUAGAAAACGGAGCUACAUUUCGACCGCAGACAAGCAGUCCAUCGAAAUCGAUGACCUUCGAAAACAACUUAAACUUGCUCUCAACGACGUCAGCGAAGCUGAAUCUGAGCUCGCGAGACUUCGGAAGAUGAAAAGUGAGGCUGCUUUAAGAGAGAAAAAGAUGGAGGAGCUGGUCGUAGCUCUCCAGGCGAAGGAGGAGGAGAUAGCCCUUCGGACCGAGGAGGUGGAGAGCCUCGACGCGAUAAAGAAGUUGUAUAACCAGGACAAGUGUACCUGGGAAAAGAAGUUGACCGAGACGCAAACGUUUUUAAGGGAGUCGACGGAGCACUGCGAGAUGCUAACCGGUCAGUUGAACUCGGCUCAGGAGACGGUGCUGCAACUUCAGAAGGAACUCAACGAGCUCAAUGAAAAGUUAGUGAAGAGCGUCAAAGAAAAUGAUUUCCUGUAUGUCAGGAUACGGGAGCUGGAGGCUAAAGCUAUAGAGUCGCCGACGCGGGAGAAGAGAAAAAGCGUCGGAUCUCUCACCGAACUCGGCAACGUUCAGCACGAUUUGAAUCUGGAAACCUUGGAGAAAAAUAGACUGAUUGAGGAGUACGUCGACCUGCGAGGUAGGUUUCUAAAAGCCAUUCAAGAAAUUAAAACUAUGAAGAGGGAGCUCCGCGAGUCCCACAACGUGUACGACGAGCUCGAGCUGACCAACAUGAAGCUGAGAAACGAAAUGAAACUGAGGGAGCAGUGCAGCAGGUCCGAAAUCGAUUUGAUGGCGGCUCGUAUAUUGGAUCUGACGCAGAAAUUGACGGCGUCCGACAAGCAAGUCAGGACACUGAAACAUAAGAUACAAAAGACCGAGUCGAGGGAGAAGCGUCGAAGCCUGUCGUUGAAAGGCCGAGAAUCCAUGACGCUCGGGAAGGAGGUCGAGGAGAAGCUGGCGGAAUUGGAGGGUAAAAUAACGCAACUGGAAACCGGGGAACCGGUUCCGAUUAUAAAUUCGCCUUCGAAAAGUUCUUCCCCGGCGAAGGAAAAGCUGUCCAAGAGCGAUAGCGUCACGGACGAGAAGAGAAUGAAAAGGCUGGCCGCUAGACUACGGAGAAAAUCGUUGGACAGUGUCACGAGCUCCGAGCCCAUGAAAGUACUAGUCCGAUUGAGUUCGCUGGAAACCAAAGUCGCCUCCGCCAUGGAGAAUCGCCGCGAACCGGCCGGCCCCUGCUCCCCCCUUCGAAUGGUCGUCGGAGCCUCCGAAAACGACGGCGAGUCUCACGAGAAAAGCGCUAUCGGGACGCAAUCGCAGAGACAUCUCCUCGACAGGCUUCAAAACUUGGAGGACGUCGUGAUACACUCGAGGAACAAGGUCAACGAGUGCCUGUGUCAGAUGAGCGCGAUGCGAGCGGCGAAGUCGAGGAGAUCGCCCUCGCCGAGCUUAGAGAAGAAGUACAGCGUCAAGUCGAUGGAGAAGUGUCUCAUGGACGUCAGCAAACUGCUGCAGGAGUGCUCCGACAGGUGCGUCGCCGACCCCGCCCGCCCCGACCGCGCCCCCGGCGACGACGUCGACGACAGCGUGACGCAGGCCGUGCUGCAGCUCGAGGAGCAGCUGCGGGCCAAACUGCUAGAGAUAUCGAGGAGGAAGGCCGCCCUCUACGAGGCCGGGGAGCUGACGCCGAGGAAGAAUUUGGAGAUUCUCGCGGAGAAACUCGCGUACGAGGCCGUCCUGGUCGGCCGGAUACAGGAGGCCCUGGAGUCCUCCAACGGCAGCCGUUUCUUCGCCAGAUUGAUCAAAUCCGAGAUAAUCGAAACUAGUCAAUUGAUCGAUAAACUGAAGGCCAAAAUAAACGGCGAGAGCGUCGCGACCGUCUCGGCGACGAGGAGCUCGCUCGACUACCUCGCGCGGAUCCUCUCGCGCAAGAUUGACGUUAUGACCAGCGGGAGGGACGGCGAGGCCUCGCGCGCCGCCGACGUCAUCGUGCACGGCGCCGACCUCGAGGCGCUCAAGGCGGCGCAGCGCGACGUCGCCGCCGCCGUCGAGCGGUACAAGUCCGAGACCCUGGCCGAGCUGUGCGCCGCGCUCGCCGCCGAAACGCUCAGUUCCUGCGCGGCCGGCGACAUCGACGUCGAGCAGCGCGUCAACGCCGAGGCCGCGCGCGUCCGCGAGGCGUGGGCGGCGGCGCGCGACGCGCUCGGCGCCGAACUCGUACAGGCCGAGGUGGCGCGCGCACUCGCCCGUGCCGCGCAGCUGUGCGAGCGCGGCCUGAGCGACGCGCGCGCCGCCCGCCUCACACUCACCGCGCAGGACCGCGCUGACCUCGAGCUGUGGUGGCAGGCGGCGCACGACCACCUGCGCUGCGAGCUCGACGCCGCCGUGCGCGACAUCGCCGCGCGCUGCCGCGAGCGCCGCGACCGCGCCGACGUGACGCCGCGCGCCGACAGCCGCGCGCUGCUGGACCGGCUCGCCGACGUGCUCGCGCAGAAGGCGCUGGUCGACGCGCGCGUGGCCGUGGUGGACGGCACGUACCGCGCGUCGGCGCCGCGCGAUGCCGACCGCCGGCCGGAGGACGCCAUCGCCUCGCUGGAGACUGACCCCGCCUGCGAGGCGGAGUUCGUGUACCUGUUCCAGCACUUCUCGACCGAGUGCCGCGCGCUCUUCUCCAGUGACUGUUCGGGCAACAGUGAAGACUCGACGAAGAUCAGCGGGAGCCUCGAGCGCAUGGAAGCGGAGGUGGCGGAGGCGCGGCGGCGGCUCGCGGGGGACGACGAAUCCGCGGGCGACGGGCUCGCGGAGGGGGGCGCGGGGGAGGUGGGCGUGGCCGAUCGGCUGGAGGCGCUGCGGGCGGCGGUGGGCGCGCUGGCGUGCGGGCGGUGCGCGCGCCUGCAGGAGGCACUGGAGCGGCUGCAGUCGGAGCGCGCACGCGGGGAGGCGGCUCUGGCGCAACAGGCCACGGCGCUGGCGGCCGCGCGGCGCGCGCGCACGCAGAUGCAGGCGCAGCACGAGCGCGAGCGCGUGGCUCUGCGCGAGCGGGUGCGCCAGCUGCAGCGCCGCCUCGCCGCGCUCGACUCCGAGUACUCGGCGCAGCUCGACAGCCUCCGCGCGGCCUAUCAGAGCGCGGUCGCGGCGGACACGCACGGUGAUAGCCUGCGCGCGCGCUACCAGCAGGAGAUCGAGCAGCUGCGCGCGCUGUGCGAGAAGGGGCUGCUGGCGAUGGAGAGCUCGCACCGGCGCGUGGUGCGCGAGUUAGAGGAGAAGCACCGCGCGGAGCGGGAGGCGCUGCGGCAGGAGAAGGAGGCGGCGCUAGCGGAGGAGACGCGGGCGACGCUGGCGGCGCUGGACGCCAUGCGCAAGGCGCACGAGAGCGAGGUGCGGCGCGAGGUGGACAAGUUCAAGGGCGAGCUGCUGGCGCGCGGCGGCGAGCUGGGCCAGCUCAGCGGCCGCCACCAGCGCGAGAUGGAGGAGAUCAAGCGCGAGAUCCUGUCGCUGUCGGAGCGGUACAGCGUCAAGUGCGUGGAGUCCGCGGCGCUGGAGGAGCGGCUGGCCACUGCCUCCGCGCAGCUCGCGCACGCGCAUGACCACAUCCUGCAGCUCGACGCCAGAAACAAGCAGCUGCGCGCGCACAUCAUGUCGGAAGCUAACGAUAUUAAGAUGUCGGAGGCCGCUAACUUCUCGCCGGUGUUCGAGGACAGCUCGCCGGAGGCGGUCCCGGCGCCCGGCGACAACCCGCAACCGCCAGAAGUCAUCCCGGUCGAGCCCGCUGCUGGAGUCGCGCGCGCUGACGUACGGCGCGGACGCCGCACGAGCGCUGACGCUGUCGCCGGUACAGAAUUGAAGAUGAAAGAUUGUCGCGGUGCAACGCCACGCGCGAGCGGGGUCGGGGGCGGGCCGUUCGCGGGCGUCGUGGCGGAGCGCCGCAAACGCUUCCUGCUGUGACGUCACACGUCCGCGUCACGUGACAUCACGCCCCGCCCCGCCCCGCCCACCGCACUAGCUCCGGCCGCAGCUUUAUAUACCCGUAUACGUUAUUUAUCAAAUAUAUAACAUUAAUAUAUAUCACACAUAGAGACCUACGCGCGUCUCCGAUGCGACGUAUUUAAAGAUAUAUUCGAGUUUACGUUACUAAUACAUAAUCUUUAUUAACGUUAAGUUAUUAACUAAGACCAAAAAUGUCUUUCCCCUGUACUCGAAGCUCCUACUCCCACCCACUUUGUAUAUAAUUUUGUUUGAUUUGUUUUUAUUGACUUAAUUUUAAUGACCUGUAGAGUGUACAUUGUUUUCAUCGCUUCUCCCCUCUCGCGCGGUCGCUCGUGCGGGCGCGCACGCUCGCCGCGGCCGCCCGUGCGGGCGCGCACGCAACUGUUACAUUGUAAAUACCCACAUUCAUCUAUCGUAACCGGUCUUCUGCGCCUGACCAUUUAUUUUAUAAGGAGUUUGUUACCAAAUAUUUCUUAUUUAUGUUUUUUAUGUUUGCGUGUUUGCAGACGGCCGCGUCUCGGCGCGGCUCUAGGUUUAAUACUUGUUUAUUAUUUUUAAAGAUUUAUAUCACUCACACAAUUCGGGAGACAAGUGACAUUAGCGGAUAAAUCUACAGGAAAUUCACUAAUAUUGACUUAGAAAUUAAUAUUCGUAACCGAGUGAGACUCGCGUAUCCGCCGAGUCGGGCACGGGGCAGGUUAGCCCUGCGGUUAGGAGUAACACUUGACAUUAUACGUAGGAUAGUCACGUUGUUUUCUGUAGCACAGUGUAGGCACGCGGCGUGCUGUUACCAUGUUUCCGAGCUGGGCAUUCGUCUUCCACGUAUCACGUUGUUAUGUAUAGUCACUUUCGCUUCAAAAAUGCCUCGUCGCUGAAAUUAGUGUUCAAAUUUGCUCAAACGAGUACCAAAACACGUUUGUCUCUUUCUCCUUUAGUUUUAACGAUACAGGCGUCUCAAAUUCUAAUGAAAUAACUUUUUUUAUGAGCUGUCUGUUGUUUGCCUUUAUUUUAUUAUUUUCCAC